AAAAAGGCCUCAGAGAGCAUAUUUAGUCCCAUUAUUCUCUGUAUUCCAGUUGCUAUACUCGCCCCCCUUUCGUUUAUCCUUCCUCCUCCCUCCGUUGCUGGCUUCCGAGCUCUUCUUCUUUGUUUUCGUCCUUUUCUCUUGGCAACGGAGGGCAGAGUAGGAAGAGCUCAGGAAUACAGCUGUUCAUCGGAUCUUUCUGAUUUCCAGAUCUGCGGCAGCUUUUAGAGCACUUAUUAUAGUGUCGGAGGAUCCUGAUAUCUUUUUUCUGCACAACCCCAGGCGGAAAAUUAGUAGGUCUAAUUCGAAUAGCACCCGCAUGGAUCAACCAUUAUACGGGAGUAACAUGCUUCUAAAUUCUGUGGAAACUUCUACCUUGGCGGAAUAUUUAUUAUCUCCGAAUGAAACCGACAUGGAUUAUCUUAAUAUAGCACCUCGAGAAACCGAUGGCUUGAAUAUCUGGAAUUCGAGCGACCCUAACUCGAGUUCCUAUAUUAUAAACCAAGAAAAUCACGAUGCGAUAAAAAUGGAUCAUGGCUGGAGUACUUCACUUUCAAUUAGUUCUUCCAGUGACCCAACUAUGGAGGAAAGAAACAACAUCCUUUCACUGGAGCAUGUGGACCUGAAUCUUAAUAAUUCUCCAGCUGAUGAUGGUCAGGCAUUCACACAAAGGUUGAAUUCAACUCAUGAGAACCAUAGAAUGGAUCAGAACGUGCACGGUGAUCCUCGUGGUGAGAUUAUGGGUCCUUUUUUGCCCGAAAUCUUCGAACCACAGCAUGUUCCUUACUCAAAUUCAAUUGGGAGUUCCUCUAGUGGUGUUGGAAAGGUCUUAGAAGAUGUUGAUCGAGCGAGAAGUUUGGUCGAUAGUCAGCGUGUAGCUUGUAAGAGGAAAAGCAUGGAAGCAUUCGUUGGAGAAUCUUCAACUAGUCAUAAUAUUUCGGCGGAUUUAGGCAUGCCGAGCUCGUCUCGGUAUCUUCCUGCCACUAGUUUUGUAGAACUCAACCAGAGUCCAGGUUUCACCCCCGCAAUGCAUAGGGGAGUUUGUUCCGAACGGAAUCCAACUUCAUGCUUAUUGGGAAAUGCUGAAACCUUGCAGAGGAAUAUUCGAGCGAGGCUUAAUCCCGCAUGCCAGCAUGAUAUGUCCCCUUUUCAAUCACAAUCUACUGCGACCGGCGACCGGCUUCCUAGCAUCUGGUCUUCUUCUGUUGAUCCAUCUUCUAUUUUGAGUCAUUUUAAUCACGCAGCAGAACAAACUGAGUCACGCAUGCUAAUCGUUCCUGGCUUGCCUCACAACAUUAGCAAUCCUUCUUCCGCUUCAAGAAUUGGUAGUUCAUCACUUCCGGCCUACCCGCAGCGGAGGUUAAUUUCGUCUCCCGAGGAAGCGAAUAUUAGAAGCUUGACGAGAAAUGGUGUUGUUGACCAACAAACAUAUGUUACGAGAAAUACGGCCAGUCAUCUGAGUCAGGAUCCACUGAACUGGAAUCCAUCUAAUUCGAGCUUGAGUGUGCCCGGGAAUCGAGCUAGCAUUAGUUCGGGUAUUGUUCCGUCGCCGGGAUCUAUCAGGACAUCAAGUGAGAUGGUUCCUGUGCAGUAUCACAGAAACUCUUCUGAGGUUCUACGCAGCUCUUUGUUUCUAUCUGGUGGGUCUGAAUCUGGGCAUCAAACUAAUAAUUUAUCUUCACGGCAAUCUGGUCGUUUUGCUUCGAUGCAGGAGCCUGGUCAAUCAUCCAGGAAUGUUCGCCAAGGCCAUCCUCCACUUUACCCAAGGGCGGCAUUUUCUAUAGAUAGGCAACGUGAUGGUGUUUCGGGUUUACCUUUGUCUGCUAGAAGCAGAGAUGGGAGAAGCAGGAUGAUAUCUGAGCAGAUUCGCAAUGCUUUGGAUUUAAUGCGCAGAGGGGUGAAUCUGCGAUUUGAGGAUGUCUUCCUUUUCGACCAGUCUGGGUUUUACGGCCGUGCCGACUUGUACGAUAGACACAGAGACAUGAGACUCGAUGUCGACAACAUGUCUUACGAGGAAUUACUGGCACUCGAAGAGAGGAUCGGCUAUGUUAGCACAGGUCUCAACGAAGAAACCAUUUUAAAGUCCCUGAGACAAAGAAAAUACUCUCCCUGCAAUCUCGAAGUUGCAUCAACAGAACAGGAGCCAUGCUGUAUCUGUCGGGAAGAUUACGGUGAGGGAGAGGGGAUUGGAACACUGGACUGCAAACAUGACUUCCACACUGAUUGUAUCAAGCAAUGGCUCAUGAUCAAGAAUUUGUGUCCUAUCUGUAAAACUACAGCUUUGGUCACAUGAAGAAACUGGUUUUACACACACCAUAAGAUAUCUAAUGGGAUGAAGUGAGAUUUCUUCCUCAUUAUUAUUAAAUUUAUUAAUAACACUUGACAAUCUUUUUUAUUGACCUUUUAAGCUGCUAAUAUUUCCAUUUUGUAUCCCCAAAUUUUCAUCUUUUAAUUAAGCUUGUACAAUAUUUAA